AUGCACACACAGGAACGCUUACGCUUAAGGGUACUCUUGCCAAUAACAGACGCGACAACUGCUACAUCCGAAUCCCACAUCGUCGGGCGCUCAAAGAAUUAUCAAACGUACUGCAAUCCGGACAAACAUACAGAUCGAUUGGUCUACCGACGAGGGCGAGCCAGAAUCCGGGCAACCAUAAGGCCGAGGCCUCUACCAUUGAAUAUCGGUGACGUGAAAGAAUGGUAUCCGCAUCCAGCUACUGCAGAUAAGCUGGGUCAAAGGAACGCUUGGCAGUCGAAGCACGACGAGAACACGGAGCUCGAGGUGCAAGAACCUGGACACAUAUUGGCUCGAUCCACAAGUCCUGCGACCCGAGCUGAUCUGACCUUGCGGUACGUUGACGCGCGGUUGAAAUUUUUGAAGUGCUCUGAUUUACUUAUUGUGUCGAUCGUAAAAGUAAAGUGCAAUUGCCGUAAACUGACACUUUGCUGUGUUUUGCACUUUAUUCCUCCGAGGUUUUCGAUCGUAGUUAUUUACAGUGCUCUGUCAAAGAGCACUUAA